CAGAGACUUGAUUAUCAAAGCCAUCGGUAUAGGUGUUGUAUGCAUAAUUUGGAUGUGCUAUUUAUUUCAAUUACCGUGGUUGAUAUUUCGUUGUGACCAUGGCCGUCACUUUGCCCAAUGACAUCGUCUAUAUGAUCUUAGAUAUCCUACGGGAUGAAAGAGACUACAACAGCAUAUUUCAAUGUGCCAUCGCUUCAAAAUACUUCACAGAGCAGGCAUUGACUAUACUAUACAGAUUACAUGACACCUCGCCGGUAAGAGGCGGUGGGAUAGAGGAAGAGCAGUUCUUCAAAACUCGCCGAGCAGUAGUCAAAAAAGAGCAGGAAACUGCGCUUCGAAAAUGGGCUCUAAUGUGGCGCUCGAUUAUUCUGUCCACUUUUGAUAAGACUUACCUUCCUUACUACAGCUAUAUCCGUUACCUGAACCUCGAGGACCUGUUGGAUCUCCUACGGGAUCCUGGAUUCAACGGGAAAGUUAAAGAUGAAUUCUUUACGCCAGAACUUCAUGAUUUCGUUUUCCGUGAUUACGAGUUGAAAGGAAACAAGCGACUUCGGUCAUCGAGAAAUCUCCCUGAUAACAGUUGGAUAAUGGUCAAGAUUGGCUCUGCGAUUGUCGAGAGGACAAGGUCGAUACAUGGGCUGUCCUGCAGCGUUCCAUCUUCAUCGCUUUCUGAAUGGCUUGAAGAGAUGCCUCUAUUGCAGACCCUGAACGUUUGGUCUGGAGAUUCUCUCACCCAGCAUUCUGGUGAUAAAAUCCGUAACCACUGCCCUGAAUUCAAACGGCUCACAAUUUUUCGAUGGGCAAACGAACCCCCCAGAAAUGCAGAAGACGACUCGGAGGUAUUCCUGAAUGAAUUACAUCCUCAUACUCUGGAAUACUUUGAGGUGCUCAGCUACUCUCAACUGGGUCCUCGCUCUAUCAAAGCUUUGGGAUCGCAAUUGGGCUCGCUAGUGGAGCUGAAAUUAACAAGUCUAGGGAUUGACGCAAUAGCAGAAUUGCCCUCUUUAGAAGCACCGCCGGCAUUGAAAGUUUUAGUCCUAACAGACUCGGUUCCAGUGACACGAGAUGAGAGAUUCUACUCGAUUAUUGAGAAAGUUGCUCAGUGGAUACGCAGUUGUAAAUCAUUGCGGCAUUUGGAGCUCAGAAGAUUUGUCGACGACCCUGCUUUGCUAGCACAAACUUUCACAGGCGACGAGCUUCGCUUGACCAGCCUCUCUCUAUUAGGGUACACAAUGGCUGGAAGCCGUGCAUUUCAUGAAGCUCUUGGGUCUCAUCAGUCUUUACAAACCCUUUGUCUUCAUGGCGAGGGCCAAGAAAACCCUGAGGACAACGAGGUUCUCGCUUCAGCUCUCACUCAGUUGAUUAAUCUACGUGAACUCCAACUCAAAGACAUAUCCGACUGUUUUCCACCUGGGUAUGUUAUGAGCAUAACACCCUUUCUUAAGCAUUUGGAGAAGCUCUGGAUUAGCGGAGAGUUCUUUGACGAUAGUAUCUGGCAAGCAUUCUUGUGUCUCCCGAAGCUGCAGAGUCUAGUUAUUCAUGCACUCAGCGAAUUCACAACGUUGGGGGUGCUCUCAUUCAUCUCAGAGCUAGGACCGGGCAACAGGGGCUUGAACCUUUCGAUCCUGAGUUCAACCUCCACGACUGAUAUUACAGAGGAAUCUCAAACCACGAUUCGUGAUGCGCUAAAGAAAAUCGACGGGUCGUUUGAUUUUGGCUUGGUAUAUGAGGAAUACAGUGAUGCGGACUCGGAGGAAAUGUCUGAUUGAUCGAAGCAUAUCCGAAGAUAUCAAUCAAUGGAGUAUUUUCCUAGGGAAUUGUAACUAGAAGUUCAAGGCGGCAGUUUGUCCAUUUCAGCGACAAAGGCAGUAUUCACGAUUAACAGCAAAUGAGGGCUGCUUGUAAUGAGCCGAUUGGGUCAGAUAAAAUGAUACAACAGGGCAUGUCUCUGACAUGCUAUUAGCCAAGCCAACCAUCAUUAAUAGAAAAUAGACCAUUCCAUCCAC